AUGGUGGGAGAUUUAUCGCAAGACCAAGACAUCGCUCCUUCAUCGCCCGCCACAGCGCAAGGAUCAGACUUUCAGGAGGAGGCUUUUAUACCAAAUGUCCUUCACCCUGCUUCAGAGGAAUGGGAAAAUCCUCCUUCUAUUCCCUCUGAUACAAGCGGAAUGCCGACGAUAGCAUCAAGCACCAUAUACACAACUGUUCCAGAUACUACCUCCAGCUGGCCUCAUGUACCACCCUUGCCCGAUACCUUUGCUUUCAGCGGAGAUGUUGGCAGUCUUGGGACCACGAUGGGUGACCCAUGGAUGCCUUGGAGCUAUUCAAUGACCCAUUUCUCCUUUCCAUGGUUUAUGGACGAAUUGGGGAUGCCACUUGAGCUACCGGAUAUGGCGCAUCCUGACGAAGACGUAGCACAUCACGCAGCCUCGAACCAAACAAUGGUAGAAGACUCGGCUUAUUUGAGUCCGGGAAACAUAUGCUCCACUUACACACAGCCAUGCCACCCAUUCCCAGAGUUAGACACUAAUGGUCUACAAAUGGCUGGGGCUGAAGUCUUUGGACAUAUCCAUGAGAUACCGCGACACGCUGUAGAUGGGUUGAACAACUUCUACAAGACCCAGCGGCAAGAACCAACACCAACAGCCAUUCCGAGGGAUAUCCUACACGCAUUCGUCGAACUGUACUUUGAGUACUUUGACUCUCAGUUUCCCGUUCUGCAUUCUUCCCGUUUGGAGGACCUAGAUCUUCCAUGGAUCUUACUAUUAGCCGUAGCAGCAGUCGGAAGUCAUUAUUCUGAGAUCCAAGGUGCAGAAGACUAUAACACUGCGUUAUGCGGCCUACUAGCCCGAGCUGUUGAAUUAACUGUACACGAUAAGAUCGUGAAUGUCGACUCAACAACAGUACAAUGUGUCUUUCUCUUGCAUGUACUGUGGCUAUUCUCAGGCUCACACAGAGAUAAGAUCGUUCUACAACAUAAAAGAAGUAGCCUAGCGACGAUGUGUUGGGACCUCAUUGGCAAGGCUGACAAACGGAGAAAGUCAACUCGCACUGAGUCUGAUACUGAAGAAGUAUGGCAAGCUUGGAUCAUUGAGGAGAGUGAAUUACGUCUGGUCACUUGCGUGCGUGUAUUGGAGAGCUUGAGCCAUGUCUUUUUAGGUACUACUCUGGUCUUUAACCUCCGUGAGGCGACGCGACAACUGCCAUGUUCUGAACGACUAUGGCGGUCUCAGGAUGCUCAAGAGUGGAAGUCACAACAAGAAAGCUUUACAGGUAUUGUAACUGUCAUUGGUGUCGAGGUUGAUUAUAUAAUUGAUGAUCGUCCAGGAGACCAACCCAAGCCCGACCCGUUUGUCGCCAAGAUUAUUCUUCUCGAACUAUACAUCGACGACAGGAAUUACUACCGCCAGCUCCGCACUUCGCAGCUCCUACAGUCUUCUUUUGCCUCAUACCUGAACUCUUCAACAAAUAGUGAUACUCAGCACGUAAUUCACAGACCGGACACUAGUAGGAAUGAAAAUGUUCUUCUAGAUACGACGAUCGAUCAACUGGCCUUGAAAAACAUGUCAAACCCUGGAGACUGUGCGGAAACGAUUUUCGAUGUCAUUGCGAUUCUGCGGCUCAUUCCGCUCGAGACUCUACACUCUGCUACGGGCUGGGAGACGAACAAAGAGCAGAUGUUCAAGUCCAAGAUGCAUCUCAAUGACUUCUUCAAGAAUAACGGUGUAAAGGCUCGCAAAUGCUUAUGGCACGCUACCUGCAUCUUCAAAACGACACGGAGUUCGCGACGACUUGCGUGCUAUGAUGCACUGAGUCUCACGGUGGCGAUGGGUUAUAUAUACUGCUACAGCGAAACGCGCGCAUCGUUGUCAUCAACUCCAUCGCGCCCGGUGAUUACACGACUUGAUCAACUGCAAGACAGAAAAGCUAUUGAACGAUGGAUAGAAAAUGGCGGCGACAACGUCGUUCACUUGACUGGCGUUGGAAUACUGGAUGGUUCUGACCGUUGCGUUCGUUUCCUCCGAGAUUUGGAGAGGACGCUGGUUUCGCAGAUUGCGUGGCGUGGAUUCUGUCGAGCUUUUGCUGGUAGCUUUGCUCAGUUGAGGCGUGGUGAGACGCCGACGAAGAGCUCGAGGGAGUACAAUAACGAAGAAUGA